AUGGGGACAGGCUUGCGUCUCUUCUUCAUGUCCUUGCAGCUGUUUCUUCCACUCUCAUCCCUCCUUGCAUCCCAAUCUCCCAUCCCUCCACCAAAGCUUUUGUGCCAUGCCGAUGAGAGGUCCGCCCUGUGGGAAUUGAAGGCAACUUUUUCCGACAACUCGUGUUUCGACUCAUGGCAGCGAGAAGGAGAAGCUCAGAAUUGCUGCUCCUGGCAAGGUGUCGAAUGUGGUGGCCCUUACAGUCACGUGAUUGGCCUCGACCUCACGCAUUGUUAUCCUAAUAGACUAUACAGCUCCAUCAACUCCAAUAGUAGCAUCUUCCGUCUUUUUCACCUGCAGAGGCUCAAGCUUGAUAACAUCGACUUCAAUUACUCUUCGAUACCUGCGUCACUUGGGAACCUCCAAUCUUUGAGAGAGCUGACCCUCUCCGGUUGCAAAUUCCUGGGUCUCAUUCCUCCAUCAGUAAGUAACUUGACUCAGCUCGUUGCCCUAGACCUAUCAUUCAAUUCUUUUCAUGGCCCAAUCCUUCCUUUCACCACAAAUCUGACUCAGCUCAAGAAGUUAGUUCUGGGUAAUAACCAAUUCACCGGCGAAAUACCACCAUCCCUUGGGAACCUCCAGUCUUUGAGAGAGCUCGACCUGGACAACUGCACUUUCCAGGGUCUCAUUCCACCAUCAGUAAGUAACUUGACCGAGCUCGUUAUACUAAGCCUUUCAUCUAAUUUCUUUGACGGCCCAAUCCCUCCUGUCAUCUCAAACUUGACUCGGCUCAGAGCAUUAGUUCUGGAUUGUAACAAUUUCACCGGCGAAAUACCACCAUCCCUCGGAAACCUCGUCCAACUCGUUGUUUUAGAUCUGGAUUCAAAUCAAUUUACAGGUGAAAUCCCAUCUCAACUAGCGAGCCUCACCCAUUUACAAGAUCUUGACCUCUCUUUCAAUAGACUCAGUGGUCCAAUUCCGACCUCACUCUCUGAACUUCGAAACCUUAACUCUCUUUCUCUGGGUCCAAACCAACUCAGUGGCAUCGUGUCAAUGGACAUGUUCUCAGAGAUGGAGAACCUAGAGCAACUUAUCUUAUCGUUAAAUAGUUUCUCGCUGGCCAUUGAGUCGACAGAAAUUCAUAGUCUCACAACUGUCAAGAGUCUGGGUUUGGCUCAAUGCAAUCUGAACGAGUUUCCGAAAUUCCUAGAGAAACUAGAUAACUUGGUUGACUUGGACUUAUCCUGUAACAAUCUCUCUGGAGAAGUACCAGUAUGGUUUCUGAAUGUAAGACUGCCAACUCUGUCAUACCUGAAUCUUUCGCACAAUUCGCUGACAGGUUUCCCACGGAAGCUCUUCUAUUAUAAUACAACUCAGCUCGACACCCUAGACCUCAGGUUCAACAAGCUGCAUGGAUCAUUUCCCAUUCCCUCGGUACCUAUUGCAAAUUAUCUGGUGUCGAAUAACAUGCUAUCUGGGGUAAUACCACUACUAAUAUGUGAUUGGGUAUAUGUGGCUGUACUUGAUCUCUCGAAGAACAAUUUUACGGGCGAGCUCCCCCAAUGCUUGGGCAACACCAGUGUGAACUUUAAGAUGCUAACUCUGCAUAGCAACAACUUCCAUGGAAGAAUUCCUCCCUUUGGAAGCAGCACCAGCACCUGCGAACUAGAGAUGAUAGACCUGAGUGAUAAUCGGUUGGAAGGGCCAUUGCCGAGAUCUCUCUCAAAUUGUUCAAGCUUAAGCUUUCUCAAUCUGGGAAACAAUUGGAUCUACGAUACUUUUCCAUCUUGGUUAGGGUCACUUUCCAGCUUAAGUGUACUCAUCCUGAGGUCCAAUAAAUUCCAUGGAGGAAUUGAGGAACCUAAGAGCGAUCCUGGGUUCCCAAGAUUACAGAUCAUUGACCUCUCUCACAAUAACUUUCAGCGAUCCCUGCCGUCCUUAUACUUCCAGAAUUGGAGAUACAUGGGAGUUUCAUCUUGGGACAUUGCUCGCAAACGGAGCCACUACUUAAGUGGAUACAUUUUUUCAUCUUGGGUCGUCGCCCAUGGUUAUCCAUCCUAUGAUUUCUCGAUGACGAUUGUUAACAAAGGGGUGGAGAUGGAGUACGGGAAGAUACUAGAAUACUUCAAAGUGGUCGACCUUUCAAGCAACAACUUUACAGGGAAGAUUCCGGAUUCCAUCGCCACUUUACAUGGGCUUCAUCUGCUAAAUCUUUCCAACAAUAUGCUAAUCGGUUUGGUCCCUCCAUCCAUGGGGACUCUAUCAGAACUGGAAGUUCUCGACCUUUCCCAGAAUGAGCUCUCGGGAGAGAUCCCCCAGCAGUUAACACAGCUCAAUUUCCUCUCCUAUUUUAAUGUGUCAUGCAACAACCUGUCAGGGCUUAUACCUCAGGGGCAGCAAUUCGAUUCCUUUCAGUGCAACUCGUACUUGGGAAAUGAAGGACUUUGUGGAGAUCCUCUGUCCAGAAAAUGUGGAAAUCUUGCACCACCACUGUCACCACCUAAUGCCAGAAAAGAUGAAGGCUCUGAUGCGCCAUUUGAGAUUGAAUGGAAAGCAGUUGCUGGAGGUUAUGCAACUACAUUUGUUAUCGCAGUGUUCAUCGGGCACAAGAUAAUCACUGAACGACCAAAUUGGUUCUCAAGGAACUUCGGGCUGAGGCAACACAGAAGGCGGAGCGAGGCUGCUGAACUUCACCACAAACUCGGGCAAAAGCCGCAGAGAUCAUUAGUCAACAAAGGGGUGGAGAUGGAGUACGAAAAGAUACUCGGAUACUUAAAAGUGGUCGAUCUUUCAAGCAACAACUUUAGUGGGGAGAUUCCGGAUUCCAUCACCAGUCUACUAAAUCUUUCGAACAAUAUGCUAACUGGUUUGGUCCCUUCAUCCCUGGGAGCUCUUGCAGGAUUGGAAGCUCUCGACCUUCCGCAGAAUAAGCUCUCAGGAGAGAUCCCCCAGCAGUUAACACAGCUCAAUUUCCUCUCCUACUUUAAUGUGUCACACAACAACCUGUCAGGGCCUAUACCUCGAGGGAAGCAAUUCAAUUCGUUACAAAGCAACUCGUACUGGGGAAAUGAAGGAUUGUGUGGAGAUCCUCUAUCCAGAAAAUGCAGUCUUGCACCACCAGUGCCGCCACAUAAUGCCAGAAAAGAUGAAGGCUCUGAUGCUCCACUAGAGAUUGAAUGGAAAGCUGUUGCAGUUGGUUAUGCAAGUACAAUUGUUAUUGCCGCACUCAUCAGGCACAAGAUAAUAACGGAACGUUCAAAUUGGUUUGCAAGGAACUUCGGGCCGAGACUAUUAUGA